AUGAAAACUAUUGUCCUUUUCGAUCAAAACUAGAGAGAUUAUUCAAAUGAAAUAAGAACAUUUCAUUAACUUAUUAGCAAUUGGUUAAAUAUUUAAGUGCCAACACUUUAAUAGUAUUAAUAUAUUUCUAUUAGGUAAUUAAAAUUAAAAAAUAAUAAUAAUAAUAUUUAUAUUUUUCAGGUGUUAUUUGAUUACUCCGAGAACCAGGCCAAGCCAGGCCAAGCCAGUCCAAGGAGGACAAAAAUGUGA